GGAGUGAGGGGAUCAACAGGGUGUACGCAGAGAGAGGGGGGGUUAUUGGAGAUUGAGGAGGGGACUGUCUGUGUGCUUGGUAGUUAUUUUUGGGAGAAGCUUGGUUAGAUGUUUUGCUGGACCCAGUCUGUGUCUCUUGAUUUUAGCUUAGCUGAACUGGGAAGCUCUCAUGGAGAUCAACAAGACAGAGGAUAAAGGAGAAGAUGACAGCCCUGAGGGGGAGAUGACAAAGGAGGAUGUUUCAGAGCCUGUCGAGGGAGACACUGUGCCGGGCUGGGCCUCUUCCCAUCAGCGGCCGGUUAUCCACCAGGUGGCCUCUGCACCCAUGCCCAGUGACUGUGAGUUCUCCUUCUUUGACCCCAGUGAGCCGCAGUGCAGGGAGGUUCUUCUGGAUCCCAACACCACCAUACCAGAGCUGUUCGCUGUCCUUAGGCAGUGGGUGCCCCAGGUUCAGAAGAACAUCAACCAUAUAGGCAAUGAGAUCCUAAAGAGAGGCUGUGGCGUGAAUGAUCGAGACGGUCUGACAGAUAUGAGCCUCUUGCACUACUGCUGCAAGGCUGGGGCCCCGGGCAUCGGUGAUGCCGAGACAGCAGCCAGCUUUGCUCGCCAACUCCUUUCCCUGGGUGCUGAUCCCAACCUUCGUUCACGAUGGACUAACAUGAGGGCCCUGCACUAUGCAGCCUACUUCGACGUGCCGCAGCUUAUCCGGGUAGUGUUGCAGGCUUCCCAGCCUGGAGAGGUAGAUGCCACCUGUAGUGACUUUGACUUUGGCACCGCCCUGCACAUUGCUGCGUCCAACCUGUGCAUGUCAGCUGUCAAAUGUCUCUUGGAGCUGGGAGCCAACCCUGCUUUCAGAAAUGAAAAAGGGCAGUGCCCAGCAGACGUGGUGCCUGACCCUCUUGACAUGCCCUUGGAUAUGGCAGAUGCAGCCGCUGUGGCCAAAGAGUUGCGGACUUUGCUGAGGCGUGCUUUACCCAGACCCAGUUCCCCUCUGCCCCUCACACUGCAAGCCCAGUCACCCCCUGCUAUCUCUGAUAAGGCCAAGAUACAGCUCGCCACCAUGGGAAUCCGACUGGGUGACUGUGUGGUGAUUGCUGGACAGAAGGUUGGAACCCUGCGAUUCUGCGGCAGCACUGAGUUCUCUGGAGGCCUCUGGGCUGGAGUGGAGCUGGACAAAUCAGAGGGGAAGAACGAUGGCUCAGUAGCAGGGGUUCAGUAUUUCACCUGUCGAAUGAAACAUGGAAUCUUUGCUCCCCUCUCUAAAAUAAGUAAACCUCUGGAGAGACAUAAAAACAGCACCACAAAGACGUCUACACCCAUACGCCCACCUCGUCGCAUUGACCUCUCCCGCAUCACCUCCAAGAUAAACACAGGUUUAUCUCCAUCUGUCAAAAAAACCCUUGGUAAUCAAAAAAGUCCACCUGGUCCCAGUCAGGGCACAGAGGGAGAUGCCUCAGUGACAAGGACAGGUGUUCUCUCCCGCUCUCUCUCCUCUUCGUCCUCUUCACUGGAUUCUCGGCAUGGUCCAGGUGCCCGACCUCGUCCUCUGCCGAGGCAGCGUCUUCCUCCGAGGCCCCGAAGGGAGCGUGUUUCCCUGAGUCCCAGGACUGCGCCCUCACCGGCCCUCCGGUCUUCUCCUGAUAGCACUGCACUUACUACUGCAGGUCUUCGAAGCCGAACCCCCUCAGCUAGUAGCUCUGUGUGUGGGGCCCCUGAGGUGCGCCUGGGGGAGAGGGUGCUUGUGGUAGGCCAGAGAACUGGUGUAGUCCAAUUCUAUGGAAAGACCAGAUUUGCUCCAGGACUCUGGUUGGGCAUUAAACUGGACAAGCCAAGUGGUAAGAAUGAUGGAUCAGUGGGAGGAGUGAGGUACUUCAGCUGCCCACCAAAACAUGGCGUUUUUGCUCCUCCGUCUCGUGUUCAAAGGAUCCAUGGGUCUGUUGAUUGCCUUUCAGAGCUCUCCUCCUCACGCCUCAGUCAACCUCACAGUGGGACAAUCCGUCGCAGCCUCAGCACAUCAUCGGCCAUCGCCACCCCGAAAGAGACAAGCAGAAGAAGUCCUGUUACUAGGAGUCGUUCCAACCCUCACCGUCGGCGCUGGAGCACCCUCAGCGGUGGUGUUCCCGGGAACACGGCAGGGUCCAGUCCCACACCCAGCUUUGACGGACAGGUCUGCCUCCAUGUAGGCAUGCAGGUCCUGCUCACCAGCGCCAACGAGAUGGCGUUCAUACGUUACCUGGGCACUGCAGACUUUGCUCCGGGCCUUUGGCUCGGUCUGGAGCUCCGAAGCCCCAAGGGCAAGAAUGACGGCUCUGUGGGCGGCCGCCGUUACUUCACCUGUCGACCCGGCCACGGCGUUCUGGUCCGUCCCAGCCGCAUCACCUAUCGUGGAAUCAACGGUUCUCGGCUGGUGAAUGAAAACAGCUGAGGCCUGUAGGAACCAGGGCGGGGAGGUGUUUUGAAUUUCUGUUUAUGAAACUUCUUGUUCUUUUUUGCGUUUCACAUCAUUUUCUCAUUCAUAUAGUUAUUUCUCUAUGCUGAGUAACAGUAAUAAACCUGCUUAAUAAUAGUUAAAAUUUAAACUACUAGAUUUAGUUUUUAGAAAAAUGUAGGAGGCAAAGGAAGCACUUUAUAGAAUUGACUUUAAAUUCUUAUUAGAAUUUGUCUUGGCAGGAUGAAGAGGGGAAAAAGUCUUAAUAGGACAUAAAACACUGCACUACUUUAAUCUGAUUGCCCUGACAAACAUCAGUAUGAGACCGGGAUGGUAUGGAUGUGCACACAUGGAAAACUAUUUCUAUACCCAAAGCUAAUUCUGAUUACAUCAAAUAAAGAUUUUUAUCAGAUAAUUUAGGUGGUAAUGUAGCCUACUCUAACCAAACGGGUGCAUGUGUAGUUAAGAGCACUUUGAAACAGGAGAGAUUGAAUGAUUUUUACAGGGUCGUCACAAGGCUUUCAGUUAUCUAUGAUCUAUGAACACUGGAUCUUUACUUUAUGAAUCAAUGUGAAUUAAGCAAGAUUUAAUAAGCCUACAUCUCUAUCAAUCUCCAUCAGAAUACACCUGCAUCAACGGAAGUCGUUUUCUCCUACGUACAUCAGUCACUGCCACAGGCUGUCUAUUAAGCCUACACAGAUAAAUGAUGGUUACAUCGUGCUGUGCACAUCAAAAAUACCUACCUGUUGCCCCUUUGGCUUUGAUUCCGUUAUUGUUAGCUGUUGACAUUGUUGAGGCAGGCACACAGACUAUUAAAUAACACACUGAAGGUUCCCUUGAUACAUUUAAUAAAGGCAGAAUGAGGAGGAUAUUUCUAAAAAACAAAACAUAUAGUGUAGUAGAAACGUAUAGUCUUGUACAAAAAAAAUCUCUCAAUCAUCACUCUCGACCCUCUAGCAGUGUCGGUAUCUAUAGAGACCCUGCCCUCUGCCUGUAUUUUCUUAUUUUGUUGUGUCUGGGGUAUUUUGAGCGUCAGUGGAUGUGUAGCCCUGAGUUAGCAUGCAGGGUGUGAGGUUGAAAAACUAUAAAGAUGUAGUGACCAGAGGCCUGUAAUGCGAAGCAAGUUAACAUACCCACGAUAUCUUUUUCUUAUCUGGCUUUACUAACCCUAACAACCGCAUGACAGUAGUAAUCAACUCAGUAAAUCAACCCAGUUUCCCAGUCUAGCCAUGAGUGCGUUCACCUAAACAGGGCGGUGUUUACUGCAUAUGACCAAUCUCAAAUAUGGACAAGUAGUAGCCGAAUGUUACAAAUGAAGCACAAACAAUAAUAUUAGACAUACAAAGAAGUUGUACAAAGAAAUACAAGGAAGAAAGAACAGAUAAUCCAACUCAGUUGCAGUUGAAGAGAAACUGGCAACGAAAUGGAGACUGAAUGGGUAAAUUAAUAGGCUCAUAACAUCACUGCCUCAUCAUCAGGGCACGAGUAGAUCUGACUAUAAUUACAUUUGUGCAUUUUAUUAAAAUAAUGUGUUGCUUAGAUUUAUUCUUAUGGUGUGUAUGACAAUCUUAGCCUCAUUCUUUCAGCUGCAACGUCGUGGGUGUCGGCUUUUUAAAAUGAAUCUCAUUAAGCAACAAAACCAAAAAUCCAUUAAUGCCAAAAAAAGAUGCUCAAAUAGUGGUUGAAAAUUUACUGAAAACUCACCCCCCUUACCAGCACCCAAAUUGAGGUGGGACGGUACAUGAGCAGGCACACCUAAAGUUCUAAUUCAUAUUAACCUUAUUUACUGGAACAGCAAAAUAUAUCCUCAUAUAACAUAAUUAAUAUUAUAUUAAUUAACAUAAAAAGAAAAAAAGAAACCUUUACUUUUAAAGGCUGUGUCUUAAAAAAUAUAUAUAAACAUAAUUGAAAGUGGUAAAUAGGCUUACUUUCAUAUAUCUUUGCCAGUCUCUGACCACUCUCCAAUUAAGAGACUCUCACAAUCCUCGCACCACUCCACAGGAUCAAUAAUCAAUACAUCUGGGAUCGUCUAUGAAUGAUCUCAUUUUCGAAGAGAAUUGAUUGGUCAUGGAGGCUUUUAUAGCACUGAUUUCUUAUCUCCAACAUAACAGGUUCGCUGUUCAGCGCAAGUUGCCAUGGUGAUAUACCGCAUUGUGAGGCUGAAAACCUGAGGUUAAUCCUGAAAUUACCUAACUAACCCCAAAUCUUGCUUCACAGUACAGGCCCGAGGUGCCAGACCCUAAGUACGCAUCCAAGAGGAGGCUUAUGUGUGCGUCUGAUGUCGCCAAGCCGGGGUGGAGGGUCCAACUUUAAAUGUUUACAUGCUACAACUGACAAAUCUUACUCAUUCUGCCUUAAACUUCAGCUUGGAAUACACACACACACACACACACGGGUUGAGGAUUCAAGCCUCUUUCCUUCUGAGUGAGUGUCAGAACUGUCACAAUGUCACAAUGUCACAUUUUCAAUUUUUACAACCUGAAUGUGAAGAAACCUGAAUGUGGUCCUGUAGUUUGAAAUCUAUCAGACCUGACAGCUUUUCAUUACAGUAUGGUAUCAUUGCAUUAUGUUGUUGAAGACCACAUUUCAGAGCAUUGGAUGUGGCAUAAUUGUAUUUGACGCUUAAUUAAAGCAGCUUGACACAGGAAAUAUGCAAUCAUCCAGAAGUUUCAGGGAUAAGAGUUUGCGAUUUGAUUAGAGCCAUCUGGGCAACUCAGCAGAGAACAAGCCAUCGAUUGUGCAUGUGGAAAACAGGCCCACUAUUCAGUAAAACACUCAUGUACCAUCCAAUUAGGGCGUGUAGGCCACAACAGUAGCUGUAGAAUCUCGAAUGGCCUUCUCUCAUUGAUCUGUCUGGUCAGGCCCCCUGUGAUUGAAAAGCAGUGUUGGUUGCCCAAGGUUGUCUAAAAUAUCUGCCACAGCCCUCACAGAUGAAACGAGUGAGCGCAGUCUUUCCAAACUCCUAUUAAAACAUUUUAAUCAUCACUUUUUCCUUUAAAAAUAGCUUCUCAUUUGCAUUAAGGCCAUCUCUGUGAUAGUUUAUGUGGCAUUUGUAAGUGUUCCACAUUUCAAAUCUCCUCUUGAGAUAAACUCCCAUAUUUUGGUGUAUCAGCAAUCCAAAGUAUCACAGCAUGAGUGAUUUCAAAUUCCACUGAUGGGUAUGAAAGUAUUUUGGAACGUUCAUGUGGGUAAAAGAUGAUAGAUAGCUUUUUUUCAUGAAAUUCUUGAUAUGUAAUUUGAGGUGUGUGCGUGUGAGAGAGGGAUACUGUCUGAUGCAUUUACAUUGUGUGGAAAAUAACAGUAUUUGUACAAAAGAAAAUAAAAGAUUCUAUUCUAAUUUGACCUUUUA